AUGGUUAUCGACCCAGAAAAGUUAGCAAAGUUACAAAAGUCCUCUGCAAAGAAGAUUGGUGGUAAGAGAGUUGCCGCAAAGAAGGUCAACAAGUCAUCUGAAGGCGACGAUUCCAAAUUACAAGCAACUUUAGCAAAGUUCAACCCAACCACUUUAACUGAUGUCGCUGAAGCUAACUUCUUUAGAGAUGACGGUUCUGUCUUACACUUCAACAGAGUUGGUGUUCAAGCGUGCGCUGCAAAUAACACUUAUGCUGUUACUGGUUUUGGUCAAGAGAAGCAAAUUACCGAAUUAUUGCCAGGUAUUUUGACCCAAUUAGGUGCUGAAAACUUGGAAUUGUUGCAGCAAUUAGCUCAAACUUUCCAACAAAACCCAGAACAAUUAGCAAACUUGAGAAAACAAGCAGCUAAUGAAAAGGAAGAAGACAUUCCUGAAUUAGUUGAAGGUGAAACUUUCGAUGUCGAGUAA